AUGUCUACAGCCACGACCACAGCCAUUGAGUCCUCUAAGGGUAUCGACUUUCCAUACGAAGUUGUGCCCGUACACCCAAAAUUUGGCUGCCGAAUCCCAGAUUUAGACAUCUCGAAACCGCUGUCUGAACAAGAAUUCAACUGGAUUCGCGGCCUACUUCAUCAGUACGGGGUGGUUGCGAUUCCGAAUGCCAAUCUUCCAGACGAUGAAUCCCAUGUCAAUUUUUCUCGACUCUUCGGAGAGGUUGAAAAGAGCCGGUUCCGCAGCCCUCAUAUGCGAUCGCUACCUUUCGCGGAGAUUUUCGACAUUAGUAACCUCGAUGAGAACGAUGAGAUCGUGAUGCCUGGAAAUGAGAAACGCAUUACAGCUAUCAGAGGCAAUUCUCUGUGGCAUGCUGAUGGUUCCUUCAAUCCGCGACGAACGUAUGUCUCGAUGCUUCGUGCUAUUGAACUCCCACCCAAAGGUACCGGCGGCGAGACCGAGUUUGCAGAUACUCGCCAAGCCUAUGAGGAUCUACCAGAGGAAAAAAAGCUUCAGAUCAAGGAUCUAGUUGCAGUGCAUUCUUUCCUUCACAACCGUCAGAUAGCCAACCCAGACUCGGAACUAUUCAAGGGCCGCAGUGUGUUUGAUGAGCCAUUAGCCAGACACAAACUUGUCCCUAUCCACGAGCCUACUGGUCGCCCAAUGCUCUACGUUACCUCAUAUGCGCAUCACAUUGAAGGUCUGGCAAUUGAGGAAGGCAAGAAGUUACUUAAAGAGCUGAUGGAACAUGCAACUCAGCCGAAAUAUGUUCUGCGCCACCAAUGGCAGAAUAAUGGCGAAGCAGUUAUCUGGGAUAAUACUGCGGUUCUGCACAGGGCAACCCCGGGAGGAUACGAGGGAAAAUAUCGUCGUGACAUGCGCCGAACUUGUGUCAUGGACUCGAGUACGGAGGCAUACGGAUUAAAUAAUCAAGAAGAGGCGAAGAACCAGCGUAAUUCUAGUUGA